AGAGCCAAGCCUCCUAAAGAACAAAAAAGUGACAGUUUUGUCUUGGCCCGCAGACAGAAAGAAAAGGAACUUCUCGAAAAUGCUGAUUUCUUAAAGCUGUACAACCAGUAUCGCAAGGUCUAUGAGUGGCAGCAACGCAACGAACAAAAAUGGCUGCACAGAGCUGUGCAGAGAAAGGUGGAUGCAACAAUGCAGGAGUAUCUGGCAGGGAUUGAUGAGAGACGAGAGAGGCUUCGUGAGCUUCUGGAGACAGAGGAAAGUAGGUACUUUGCUGAGAUGGAGUCACUUGAAGAAACGGUACUGGAGAAACAAGAGAAAAUGAGGGAGCGAGCAAAAUUACUGAGAGAGAAGAGAGAAAAAGAAAGGCAACAACUGGUGGCUGAAAAACGAGAGCAGCAAUUCAGAGAACAAUGCGAGGAGCUUCGUGUACAGCGGAUGAAGAAGCAUCAGAAGGAAUUGUGUGAAGACCAGCUGGCCCAGGUAGCUCUGAAGGAGGAAUUGAAAAAGCAACAGAAGAAGGAGGAGCAGAUGUUUGCAGAGCUUUGGAAAGAGGAUAGCUUGGCUAAGGAAAAGCGAGAGGCGGUGGAGAUGCAGAAAUCAGCAGAACAGAAUCAGAAAAUCCUGAAUGUGCUCAGUGCCCAGGUAGCGGUGCUCAGUGCUCACAAAGAGGAGAUGAAGCGGCUGAAGGAAGAAGAGGCUCGAUCGCUGGAAGAACAGCAGCAACUGCUUAAGCUAGAAAAUGAACAACUUCAGGUGGAGAAACUACAGAAGCAGAAGGAAUGCAGGGAUAUAUUGCUCAGUGCAGCACAGGACAAGAAGAAUCGUCUUAAUGAAGAAAAACAAGGUGAACUUGCCCUAGAGAUGAAGAUCUUAGAAAAAUCUCUUCAGGAACCCCAGGAAGACACUGAGGAGAAAACAAAAAGAAAACAAGAGCUGUUCAAGGAGCAACAGACUUACCUGGCACACCUGGCUCAACAGCUGGAGGAAGAGAAACAGCGAGAAAAAGAAGCGGACAAGCUCCUCAAAGAAGAAAUGGCAAAGGUUUGGGCCAAGAAGGCUGAGCGAACGCGCUUAGAAAAGGAGGCUAGAAAGCAGCUACUGAAAGAUGUCCUGGAUACAAGACAACUGCAGAUGGAGGAGAAGUCGCAGAGAAAUGCAAAGGAGCAGGAAGAACUCGCUCAAGAGAGGAAGUUAUUAGCUGAAGCAAUCACAGAACUCAAGCAUCUAGAAGAAGAAAAAUAUGCAAGAAAAGUAAAAGAAGCAAAAGAAUACCAAGAGCAACUCAGGGCUCAAAUUGCCUAUCGACAACAGGCCCGUGAUGCUGAGGAAGAAGAGAAGCAGCGAGAAUAUGAAUCGGGUUUAGCAGCAGAGCGAGCUUACCAAGAAAGGGUACAGGAUAUUCUAUCGAGGCCUUGUGAGAAACUAGCAAAGACCCACCCUUUGAGAAGAAAACUAAUGUCUAACUCUCAAGAAGCAGCUCACUUGGAGGAGCAGCGGGUGGCACAAGGACGACAGGUGGGAGCAAUCCUGCUUCUCCCCAUGGCGCUGCCCUCAACCAGCUCCCUGGAUCUGUCUCCUACAGACAUCAAGAAAGGAAACGUUCAUAAACGUGAAAACAUUGCGAACCGGGAGAG